UAUUUUUUCUCUUUUGAACUUGUGGGGUUGGGGGGUUAUAGUGUUAGUGCUAUUGCUGCUGUCUUGUGCUUUACUUUGUUCUUAGUUCUCUGCUUUCUUUCUCUUCUUCACAAAUAUUCUCUCUUUUAUUUUCUUUAGAGUUUUUUUUUUUUAUUGUGUGUGUGUUAAUAUUCUUUCUUCUUUAUGUUAUAUUCUUGUUUUGAUUCUGUGAAGAGGAAGAAUAGAACCAAAUGACAAUGGCUGAUAUUUCUCAUCCUCCAAUGGAACAACUUCAAGACCUUGAGUACUGCAUAGACUCUAAUCCUCCAUGGGUUGAAACCAUCUUGUUAGCCUUUCAAAAUUACAUAUUAGUGCUCGGCACAAGUGUGAUGAUCCCCUCAGCACUUGUACCCUUGAUGGGCGGAUCAGAUGGGGACAAAGCAAGGGUUAUACAAACGCUACUCUUUGUGGCUGGAAUAAAUACACUUCUCCAAGCAUUGUUUGGAACUCGGUUGCCCGCUGUUGUUGGAGGUUCCUUUGCAUAUGUCAUUCCUAUAGUCUAUAUAAUUAGCGACUCACAUCUUCAACGAAUUAGUGAUCCACAUGUAAGAUUUGUACAUACGAUGCGAGCUAUUCAAGGAGCUUUAAUUGUUGCAGCUAGCAUUCAAAUUAUUUUGGGAUACAGCCAAGUUUGGGGGCUCUUCUCACGGUUUUUCAGUCCCCUUGGGAUGGCACCUGUUGUGGGAUUAGUUGGUUUCGGCUUAUUUCAGCGAGGUUUUCCUGCAUUAGGGAAUUGCAUUGAAAUUGGGCUUCCAAUGCUAUUGUUGGUCAUUGGUUUGUCACAAUAUCUAAAGAAUGUUAAACCAAUGAGGGAUUUUCCAAUUUUCGAGCGAUUCCCUGUUUUGAUUUGUGUUUCCAUUAUCUGGAUAUAUUCCAUUAUUCUGACGGCUAGUGGGGCGUACCAUGGCAAACAUGCUUUAACUCAACAUAAUUGCCGCACUGAUAGAGCAAAUCUCAUUUCUACUGCUCCAUGGUUCAAAUUCCCAUAUCCCCUGCAGUGGGGUCCUCCUACGUUUGCAGCGGGGCAUUCUUUUGCUAUGAUGUCUGCAGUUGUUGUCUCAAUGGUUGAGUCAACGGGAGCUUAUAUGGCAGCAUCUCGUCUGGCAAUUGCCACUCCACCUCCUGCCUAUGUACUAAGCCGUGGCAUUGGAUGGCAGGGUAUAGGCAUUUUGCUUGAUGGACUAUUUGGAACAUGCACUGGUUCCACUGUUUCCGUAGAAAACGUGGGACUUCUUGGAUUGACUCGAGUUGGAAGUCGUAGAGUUGUUCAAAUUUCUGCUGGAUUCAUGAUAUUCUUUUCUAUGCUAGGGAAGUUUGGGGCUGUUUUUGCAUCGAUACCUUUCCCGAUAUAUGCUGCACUGUAUUGUGUUCUGUUUGGACUUGUAGGCUCCGUUGGAUUGUCAUUUCUUCAAUUCACAAAUUUGAAUUGUAUGAGGAAUCUCAUAAUUACGGGACUAUCACUGUUCCUCGGGAUAUCAAUUCCACAAUUUUUCAAUGAAUAUUGGUAUCCAGCUCGUCAUGGUCUCGUUCAAACCAAUGCCGGAUGGUUCAAUGCAUUUGUCAACACCAUAUUCACAUCGCCUCCAAUGGUGGGGCUAAUAAUUGCUGUGUUUCUCGACAACACACUGGAUGUGGAGAAAGCAAAGAAAGACCGGGGCAUGCCUUGGUGGGUGAAGUUCAGAACUUUCAGAGGUGAUAACAGAAACGAAGAGUUCUACACGUUACCAUUCAAUCUCAACCGGUUCUUUCCUCCUACGUAG